AUGAGUUAAUUAAAACACAAAGUUAUUAUAUUAAUUUUAAUUUCAACAUGUGGAGGCGAAAAGAUAAUAAAGCCAAGUGAAAUAAAAAAUAUUACAACUUAUUAGUAUUGCUCUCAUAAAUGGAAUAAAAAAAUAAUGAUUGGAUCAAAAACUAUUUGUUCAUCUGGUAGUUUUGUAAGUAGUUUAGCUAUGAUUUUACAAUUAAGCAGUAGAACAAUAAAUAAUAAACCUGUGAAUCCAGAAGUUUUAAAUCAAUAAAAAUGGAUAUAAUGAAGGAGGUGAUAUUCAUGUUUCUGUUUUGAAUGAAAUUGGUUUAAAUUUAGUGAGAACAGUUUCAGAUAUGGGUUCAAUAAUGGGUAUAAUUGUAGUUUAAUUUAGAUUAUUAUAAAAAUGAUUUCAAUGUAGUAUUGAACUUAAAUUUCUGA